AUGACGGAAAACAAUAUUGCCCCCUCUAGAACGCAGCCUGCGACUCUGCCUGCACCUGUCACUGAGUCACGGAGCCAAGCAACUGCUACCCCAGCCGCCGCGACCGCCGUAGUCAACAGCCCCUCUAUGAACGGUCCCGGCGAGCAGCUGCCUUGUCAGUGGGUUGGAUGUACUGAAAAGUCUCCUAAUGCUGAGGCUCUAUAUGAGCAUGUCUGCGAACGCCACAUUGGCCGUAAGAGCACCGACAACCUUAACCUCACUUGCCAAUGGGGUACCUGCAAUACCACUGCUGUAAAGCGGGACCACAUCACCUCGCACAUCCGAGUGCAUGUACCGCUCAAGCCUCACAGGUGUGAGUUCUGCGGCAAGGCGUUCAAACGCCCCCAGGAUCUGAAGAAGCAUGUCAAGACCCAUGCCGACGACUCCGAGAUUCGGUCCCCCGCACUGGGCAUGAAGUACCCUGAAAUGAUGUUUUCUCAAAAUCCUAGGGGGUAUGCUGCUGCCACCCAUUACUUCGAGAGCCCCAUCAAUGGCGUGAAUGGUCAAUAUGCACACACUGCUCCCCAAUACUAUCAACCACACCCUCCACCUCAGGCCGCCAACUCGCAUUCCCAUGGAAAUCUGUACUAUGACCUGAGCCAGGGCCAAGAUGGAAAUCAUGCUUACGACCGUAAGCGGGGCUACGAUGCGUUGAACGAGUUCUUUGGCGAUUUGAAGCGCCGCCAGUUCGACCAUAACUCCUACGCUGCGGUUGGUCAGCGUCUUCUCAGCUUGCAGGCUCUUCAUGGCCAUGUACCCGAAUACCAGCAAAUGGCUGUAUCUGUCGCGGUCGGUAGCGGCGGUUACAGCGCCAGUGGCUUCCAGGCUCCUGGUUACCACCUUCCCCCCUUGUCCAAUGUCCGGACCAAGAAUGAUCUGCUCAACAUCGAUCAAUUUCUGGAACAGAUGCAGAACACUAUUUACGAGAGCAACGAGAAUAUGGCUGCUGCUGGAGUUGCCCAGCCUGGCGCUCAUUACGUGCAUGGUGGUAUGAACUACCGAGCCACUCACUGUCCUCCCACUCAGCUCACUUCAAGGCACGUCACUGCAACCACCUCUGCCCCUAUAAUGGCUGCCCAGACUCGCUUCCCCUCCGUCGGCACUCCGGCUUUGACCCCGCCUUCCAGUGCUCAGUCAUACAUCUCACAACACUCUCCCAUCUCCAUACACCGUGCCCACCGGGUGUCUCCUCACUAUGAGAGUGGCGCGGGUAUGUACCCGCGUCUGCCAUCGGCCAGUGUCGCCGACAGCAUGACCACGGGAUAUCCGACCGCGUCAUGUGCCGCACCUUCGUCUACUCUGAGCGGUGCGUAUGACCAUGAUGACCGUCGCCGCUACACUGGCGGUACCCUGCAACGCGCCCGGCCAGCCGAGCGAGCUGCUACCGAGGACCGCAUGGACAUCUCGCAAGGCAGCAAAGAUGGCGAGCGUACCCCUACCAAGGAGCGUCCCGCCAUGCACAUAUCAGAGAGCCUUAUUGAGCCCGCCCUGUCCGGUGCCUCACCCAAUCCCGACCAGAAGGCUACCCAGCGUACCACUCAAGCUGCCACUGAAGUCGCCGAAUGGGAUGUUAAUGUUGCGUGGGUUGGGAAAGUCCGUUUGCUUGAAACCCUUCGCCGAUUGGUCUCUGAGCUCUUGCAGGCCGGUGGCCAGACUGGUGAAGCACAGAGCACCUCGGUAUCUCCCAUACCGGGACUCGAUGCUAUGGAGGGAGUCGACACUGCCGGUGCCGCUUCUGAGCAACCUAAGGACGAGCCUACUAAGGUUGAGAGUGCUGUCUUUUAUCCUACGUUACGAGGGUUGGAUGAGGAUGGGGACUCUAAAAUGCCUGGCGACGAUGCCUAA